AUGAUCAGCCCUAAUGCAGUAAUUCAAUGGAAGUUUUCUAUGUGGAUCUGUUCCAUAGCUCUCUUCCUUCCCUGCACUCUGUCACAACAAGUUUUAUUGAAUCCUGUAACAAGUCAACCAACAUGCGGAAGCUCUCAGUACUGGGAUAUUACAUUGUCUGCCUGCAAUACAUGUACAGUAUCGCAGAAUUCAAGUAGUACUGGCGUUUGCAGCUGCCAGGCGGGCUAUACCAAAACAAUAGGCAAUUCUGCUCCUACUUGUACCGCUUGUGGCGCUGGACAGACAUCAUCACCAGAUCGCUCAUGGUGCGUUUCGUGUCCAACGACGUAUACAACAGCUGCAGAUGGGAGCGUGCUAUGCACCUGUCCCGCUUUGCAGUACCUGGCUCUACGAAAUGCAGCCGGAACUCAACUAGCGACGGGGGUUUGUACGGCAUGUCCGUUUGGAUCGUAUCCUUCGAGUGAUAUGACGACGUGUAUAUCGUGUCCGGAUUAUAAUAUGCUUGCGUCGUUUGACGCGACUACGUCGUCGUACAUCUGCACUUGUCGGCAAGAUGUUGGGGGGUAUUUGGCUACACCAGUUUCGAAUGUUUGCAUAACUACGGCGGAAUCAGCUGCUGUUUCAACUACUGGUGCAGGAACUGUGACUUAUUAUAAUAUUCCGUCUGGCACCAUGACCAUUACCAAUACCUUGUUGACAUCAAUGUACUUGAGAGCUGCUUCAAAAUGUCAAUACGAAUGGGAUGUAGCCAGCUGCGAGCUACUGGGUAACUUAUGUAUAUUAAACCUCUACGACGAGUCAACAGCACCAUGCGCAACUUAUGAACGGGUGGCUGCUCAAAGGCCUGGGACGGGGUCAACGGUUGAUGUUCCUCAAUACAUGCCAUGGCUAUACUAUGGAUUAUUGGGAAGCCACGUUGACCCGGCUACAACACUUUCAGCUCGGUUGAAUCUGUCUUUGAGUGUUAGAUAUAGUGAUACGACUACGACAUCGAUUCCCUUUUACUUGGCAAUGUAUACUUUGAAUGGCACCUUCUUGGGAAUGCAGCCUCUUACGACUCAGUUGCAGUUCUGCGAAGGUUCUUCGUUGAAUAAUAGGAAAUCAUGGACAGGAGUAGGACGUAACUACCAGUCUUCUUGUAAACUCAAUUUAGCUUCGUUGUUAUCUGGAUUUGUUAGUACCGUGUUUUAUGAGAUUUACGUUCUGGACGGAACAGGAUCAUAUGCACCUGUUCCAAUUCGAUUACUGGAUUUCAGAAACUCGAAUGGAUAUGUUAAUCCAAGUGGCGGUCCUAAUGCCAUAACAGGAGAUCGUUUUGUUCGUCGAUUCUUUAUGGUUGAUGUCACUAGUGGACAGACCACGGCUGGUGCUACUCCUCAAGUUAUACGAGUGGCUUCGUCUAUCCAGAUUUGGAUUCAAUUAAAUCCUUCAUACUCUGGCAAUGUGUACAUUCCAGUGGUUGAUAUCAAGUACAUUGAGCGUGAUGUAUCGACACUUUCUGUGUCUGAUACAUCAUCGGUGUCUGUUCCAACGCUCUCAUUCACCGUAACACACAUGAUGCCAAUGGACGGAUUCUGGAGAAAUAUGACCAUCGCAUUCGCUAUCGUUCAGGUGUUUGCCGGCUUGCUGGGCUUGUAUCGAGCGCAAACAUGGAGCCAGCGCAACCUGGGGCCACAAGAUGCCAUGGAUUUAGGAUUCUUGGGUCGCUCUGUGAUUACUUUGGGAGGUCGAAUGGGCGUCUUUGGAUUUUGGCUCUUGUUUGGAACUGGGAUCUACUUUCUAUGUUUUUUUAAAGGAGAAUCAGGUCUGACAGUCAUGUUGCCGUAUUCAAGUGGUGAUAUGAUUACGUUCAAUGCAGCACUGGCUGGCAUUUUUACUCUCCAAUUGAUCUAUGUGAUGAGAGAGGUGUACGGACAAUGCACCAUCGAUGUCUUUUUUAUUGACUGGGAAAAGUCUCGUGGUAAAUCGUUUGAUCCUAUCGAUCCAGUGCAUUCGAGUCGUGCUCGCGCAGCUGCGAUUAGUGUUUGGAGGUCUAUCUUUGUGGCGAAUCAGUGGAAUGCACUUCAGAUAUAUCGACGCCUCAAUAUUGAAUUCUGUCUUUUCUGGGUGUAUUUCAUUCUUCAAGGGUGUGGAGUUCGCUAUGCUGCUACACCUCAACCCGACAUAUACGAUUUGACACCUGCAAUUGUGCAUCCUGUUCUACUGUUUGGCGUCAACAGUUUGAUAUGGCUGUUUGUUGCUUUCGUGUUGAUCGUUUUGCGAUUCGGAGUAUACGAACGAUUCUAUCGUCAUCCGUUGCUCCAAUUCGUGGAUUUAUGUUCCGUGGCAAAUGUAUCUGUGCUCUUGUUUGAUGAGCCUGGACAUGGAUACUACAUUCAUGGACGGUCUGUGCAUUCGUAUGCUGAUACGGAUAUGGCUGAGCUGUAUCAUCAGUUGCGGAAAGAAGAGAGCAACGUAGUCCCACGACGUGGACUGAACGAUACGGAAGAGCAAAGUUUUGAGAUUUUUGUAUCUAAGGGAAUGCGAGAGACGUAUGAUCAUGUUUAUGGGCUUUUAAUUGCAAAGGAUGCAGAAAUGAAGUUUAAUGAUCGGAACGUUCGAUCUGGACAUGCUAGACCUAAAGCCGCUGGUGGUGAACAUACCGUGAAAGCAUACGAGACGAUAAAUAGAUUUCUGUGUGCUUUCUUUGAUAAGAACCUGAAAGAAUUCCCAUACUAUGUGCGACCACGAACAUUCACAGAACGGAUGAUACACACAACACCUGAUCUGUCGUUAGGGAGCGUCUUCUUUCAUGAUGAGACAUCAUUCGGCCACGUCCUGCUACAAGGAAUGGAAUAUGACAUGUUCAUCCUAGCCAUGUUGACAUACAACAUUGUGGAUGUCACAACGAAUUCACCAACAGCUGCUGGUUUGGCUACAAUAAUGGUGGAUGUUGUGCUAAGGGCAGCACGGAAAUACUUUGGAGAACGUAACGUGGCGCAAAAGUCGCUGCUGGAUGUUAGAUUCCUGUUGUAA